UCAGUAACAAGCACUAGCUGUAACGGCGUACAGUUUAAUAUCCUGUCAUGUGGCCUAGCACUAAUGGUCACCGAUGCUGCUUUUCAAUUUGUUCAUUAUGGAAUAACCGAUUGUGAAUUUCUAACAGUAGCGGCAGUGAAUCUGAACAUACCGUUUAAGUGACAGUGUUCAGAAUAUGUCUACAGUUUGUAAGAUAAAAAAGGAAACCGAGAAUCAAUGUCUCUUCGAUACUUUCACAAGUUUUGAAAAUGGGGAUCUCCUCGAGACUUAUGACCUCAAAUUAAAUUACAAUCAAUCUGAUGUAAAAGAAGAACAUGCUUCAAAGGAAACUUCAGUUGUAUUAAGAACCUCAAAAGAUGCCCAGGAACUUCUGCGAGCCAGAGAAUUUCUUCUGCAAUAUUCAGCAUUUGCAAGGAAUAGAAGGUAUUUAAUAGAUUCAGAGCGAAUGUUAGUUGUCCAAUGUCCAUCAUGCUUUGCUGAGUUUAAGGGUUGCUCUGACCGUAUGUUACGUCUGAUUGAUCACAUUUUAGCAAGACAUCCAAACAGUACUAACCGUUCCUUUACGCAGGUUAAGAAAAGGUACAACUCUUUAAUAAACUUGUACAGGAAACGGUUGAAGGAUUGAAGUACUUUUUGGGGUUACUCUAAAGUGAAUAUUUGUUCCUUUCGCGCCUACAUUGUGUUACAUUGGAAGCCUUAUGUGUAAGUUUUAUAAUUGACCCACAUAAUUGCAACAUUAAUAUGAGCAGAAAAAAAUAUGAAUUUCUAGCAUAGGCAGCUCAAUAUACUGAAUUCAAAUUUUAAUUUAAUUUGAAUGUCUGACUUUGGAAUGUUAAUGCUGUAAACCAAUAGAUACUAAGGGCCUUCCCAGUUCAGCCUACAAGCCCUCGUUUCUUUGUACAUUAAUAGAUUAUGUAAAACCAAUGUUUGAAAUUCAUCCCAGUUUCAGACUUUUAAAUAUUAUAUGAAAAUUUUACUGCAACUGGAUAUGAAUAACAUCAUACUGCUUACAUUUUUUGACUCAAGCCAAACUGGUUGAAAAUUGUUCUUGAUUAGCUAAAAACAAAUUUCAAGGAGCAGAGUCUAGAGAAUUGUCUUGUUCGCACCUAAGGUUGCUGACAGAAUUUUUUCAAACAAGAAUGAUUUCUGGUUCAUCGCAUCCACAUGACAGAAAGGGUUCCUAAUGCAGAGCUCUACAUGUUUCAAAGACAGGGUUUGCGUGAUUGAUUGAUCUGGAAUGUUUGUAUCUAACUCUAUAACUUUGAAAAGAAUAGAACUUGGGGUCCUAGAUUGGCUGACAGUUCUUAAAAGUAAGCAGUUUGCUGUCAGAAAGCUCAACUGUCAUAUAUCCUUGAAUAAAUGUAAAACAGCAUUCUACUGUUGUAACUGGCGCUCACAAUUUUUGAUGAGCCCAGCUGACUUGUUGGAAGUGGCAAAACAUAGUGUAGGCUUUUUGGGGGUGGACAGUACUUAUCGCCCUAUUGUAAUAUUUUGUUUAAUAACCCAGUGUAAUUGAAGAGCCCAUUGUACUUUCUACAAUUGAACAGUAUGUAGCACAAGUGUGUCCUUUUGAGGCUGGCCAGUCUGGGCGAAAGUCCCACUCAUUUGUAUCAUUCACGUAUUCAUUCCCUCUGGGCCAAUGUAUGCGGGCGCACGUAUGCUGGGUACUGUCAAACAUGGCACUGUCAAACUUGGCCUCUACUCCAAGUAACAGCUGUUUCACUACACACAUAUUUUCUCUUAUUUUUGAGGGCGCUGAUGACGAAAAUAAUAUAUUUUUUGACCCCAGACUCAGCUUUAAAGCCCGUCAGGGUUGAACAUAGGAAAAAUUUGCACAUUUCUAAAUGUAAGGGACAGGCCAAAGUUGCCAAUCUGUAUUGCUACUUUCCCUGUAAUUCUCUUUCAUGUAAUCCUGUCUUAUUUGUGGCAAGUCAUGAAAAUGUGUUGUGUUCAUUCGCCUACCUGAGAGUCUCGUGUUCAAAUUGAUCCAUGAAGCGAAAGAAGGGAAUAACUCAAUUUUCAUCAUUUUUCAGGAGAAACAAAACACACUUUGCAGGGCAAACUAAAUCCAUUCAGAUGAAUGAUGCAAUUGCGUUUUUGUCAAAAAAAAUCAUCAGUAGUAACUGUAAAAAAUUUCAAAACUGUUACAUUACUCUGUAGACGGUUUCUGUGAUUUAAAUUUUUACAUCAGAAUGAACUACGGAACCAUGUUUACUUAGUUCUCCCAAACAAUGGAGAAUGUGGAGACAACUCAAGUGGAGCUGAGGUCUGUGUAGAGUCUGUACUGCUGCGGAACAUUUUUUAAGCUACCUCUUUUGUCCAUUCGUUGUUUUUAUUCAAUGGGGAGUUAAGUUUAGUUGACUCUUCUUACAUUAAAUUCAUGAAAACCUGAGAUGGGUUGAUCCUUUUUACAUUAGAUUCAUAAAGACACAAGUUGAGUUAUCUUCUUCUGCUUUUUUGUGAAAUGGAGUCAUGUGGACUUCGGUUGAGUUGACUCAAUUUUCCGAUAAAAUUUAGACCGCAAAAAGGGUCAAGUUGCCCUAUUUUCUAUGUGUAUUUUCUCCUAAACUGCUGGGAAUCGAGUCAAAUAAAUUGGUGUAAAGUUGCAAACUAUCCUGAGGCACAGCAAUAAGAUGAAAGCUCAAUUUGGAGAGGUCAAGUUAUUCCCUCUUCAGCUUCAUGGAUCAAAUUUGUGAAGGAAUGUUUCAUGCUCCCACUACUCAAAUGAGACCAUGAUCAAGAAAAAGGUUCAAAAAUGUGAUGAGGAAAAUAGAAUAAAGUUGAGACCAAUUCAUUACGUUUCACCAUAUAAAUAGUGACCUUCUCGCUAUCUAAUUUUUCCUGAUCCCUUUCCUUUUAGUUUAAGUUUUUGAGUUACUAAAUGAUGUAUGCCUUCUGAUGUUGAUUUCUAAUCCUGUUAUAACUAAUAUUUUUUAGAGUUAUCAAAGAUAGCAUGAUCGCAAG